GGGAGGGGGGAGGGAGCGAGAGAAGCGGGGCUAUGACACGCGAGUAGGGAGCGCAGUUAAGAGAGUUCUUUGACGCAGGCGGAUCCUCGUUUUAUUCACCCCGCCGAGAUGAAGCGACCCCUGGGGAGCCUGCGACGGCUCGCGGCGCCUCUGCUCCUCUUCGCCCUGUGCGUCGCGGUGCAGCGAUCCGAGUCUGCGGCUUGCCACGGCUGCGUGGGAUCCACAUGUGACUGCAGCGGAGUGAAAGGAACCAAGGGCGAGCGGGGUUUCCCGGGUCUCACCGGACAGCCCGGAGUCCCGGGGUUCCCCGGCCCCGAGGGGCCGAUCGGGGGCAGAGGAGAGAAGGGUAGUGAUGGACUGCAAGGACCUUAUGGUCCAAAGGGAAUCAGAGGACCGUCUGGAUUGCCGGGAUUUCCAGGAACACCAGGACUUCCGGGUCUGCCGGGGCAGGACGGACCUCCGGGCCCGAGAGGUGUUGCAGGCUGCAACGGGACGAAGGGGGAAAUUGGUUACCCGGGAAAUUCAGGAAUUCCUGGCCAGCCGGGCCGAUCUGGCCCCCCUGGUGUGCCAGGAGAAAAGGGCGACCCAGGUGACGUGAUCUCCGCCAAUCGCUUUGGACAGCAGGGAGCGGUGGGAUUGCCCGGAUUGCCCGGCAUUCCUGGAGCUCCUGGACCCGCCGGUCUGCAAGGUCCCCUCGGUCCUCCAGGACCCAGAGGCUACGAGGGUUCUCCAGGUCCUCCAGGUCUCCCCGGACCAAAAGGAAACAUGGGAUUGAACUUCCAAGGGCCCAAAGGAAUGAAGGGUGAACGGGGCACGACAGGACCUCCUGGUCCUCCGGGGCAAGUUGGGGAGCAAAAGGAGGCAAAAGAGACCGUGAUUCAGAGAGGAGACAAGGGUGAUCCAGGUUUCCCCGGUCCCCCAGGUGACCCAGGCUACCCAGGAAACCCUGGUCCCUCGGGUGGGCCGAAAGGAAGCAAGGGAGAACCAGGUGAAGCAGGAAAACGAGGCAAAUCAGGCAAAGAUGGCGACCCCGGCCCUCCAGGCUUCCCCGGAGGUAAAGGAGACCCAGGCCUGCCAGGCCCUGCCGGCAGAGAUGGAGAGAGAGGGCUGAAAGGUGAUCGUGGGUACCCAGGCCCGCCAGGAGUGAUAAUCGGUGGGACACCAGGAGGUCUGAUUGGCCCGAAAGGAGAGCCCGGCUACCCCGGCUCAGCCGGAAUCAAAGGAGACCGCGGCCAACCAGGCCUAUCGGGACCUCCGGGGGAACCGGGUCGCCCGGGUACUGGAGGUGGAGGUCAGCCUGGACCUCCCGGCUACCCAGGAGAGAGAGGGCAGAAGGGAGACCAGGGCACCGUAGGGAUUUCUCUGCCAGGUCCGCCAGGACGUCCGGGGUCUUCUGGGCCCCCGGGCCCGCAGGGGCCCCCCGGACCUCCGGGCUCUUCUUCCGGAGGAACAGACUGCUCCACUGGAGUGCCCGGGAUUCCCGGCGUGCAGGGAGAGAGAGGCUACCCAGGAGACCCCGGCUUUAAAGGCGAAAAGGGCGACACCUGCGUGAACUGCUUCAGAGACACCUCCGGCAUCCCCGGACCACCGGGACUCGCGGGACAACCCGGAUUCCCUGGAUCUCCCGGCUCCCCAGGGAUCAAAGGAGACCGAGGAUUUUCAGGAACGCCUGGGGCCGUCGGACCCCCUGGUAACCCCGGCCCUCUAGGUUCCCCGGGAUUCCCCGGAGAGAAGGGAGACCCAGGCGAGGUCAUCGCAGUUGACGGUGGCAGGGGAGAGAAGGGUGACACCGGUUUCCCCGGAUCGCCCGGCCUUCCCGGUCUGGACGGUCGACCCGGUCGCGACGGCCAGCCGGGCUCUCCCGGCGCCAAAGGAGCACCCGGCUCUCUGCUGGUGAAAGGAGAACGAGGGCCCCCCGGUGAGCCCGGCUCCUUGGGUAUCCCGGGAGACAGGGGUCCUCCGGGAGGCCCUGGUUAUGGACCUCCGGGAUCAUCAGGAGAGAAAGGAGUCCAGGGCGUCUCAGGAAGACCUGGAGGUCCCGGUUCGCCCGGUAGCAAAGGGGAACCGGGCGUGGCGGUGUCUGAGAAGGGCAAUCCGGGAGAUAGGGGACCUCCAGGCACGCCUGGACAGCCCGGCUUACGAGGUAACCCGGGUCAACCCGGACAGGACGGUUUCCCCGGUUCACCGGGAACUAAGGGGGAGCCUGGACUCCCCGGCAUCGGACUCCCGGGACCCCCUGGAGUCAAAGGGUUCCCAGGUGUCGCAGGCCAGCCAGGAUCUCCUGCCGCACCAGGCAGACCAGGAGUAGAUGGACUUCCUGGCCAGCCUGGAUUUCCUGGAGCAAAGGGGGAGCCUGGCUUUGGCCUUCCUGGCCCCCCGGGUGUACCAGGAGCACCUGGAGCGAAGGGCUUCUACGGACCGAAAGGAGACCCCGGCUUCCCCGGAGGCCCCGGCUCACCCGGGCGCUCUGGAUUUGAUGGCUCUCCGGGAUCGAAAGGUGAGCCCGGACCAUCGGGCCCACCUGGAGCUCGUGGCCCACCUGGAAUCCCCGACGCCGGUGCAGUGGGGCCGCCAGGACCACCUGGCCUCCCUGGCCAAAUGGGACCUCCAGGAUAUCCCGGAUCAAACGGAGGGAAGGGAGACCCGGGCCCUCCAGGUCUAGACAUCCCAGGUCUGCCAGGAGACAGAGGAAGUCCCGGCUUCCCAGGUUCCCCCGGAGCGGUCGGAGCGCCGGGACCUCUCGGAGGACCUGGACGGGACGGCUCGCCUGGUCAACCGGGUCAGAAGGGAGACAUGGGUCUAAUGGGAUCCCCAGGACCCUCUGGAGGACCAGGAAUCCCAGGAGGGCCCGGCGCCCCCGGACCCAAAGGCGACUCUGGGUUCCCCGGCAGAGACGGGAACCCUGGCGGUACCGGUUUUAAAGGUGACAGAGGUGAACCUGGCCUCCAGGGACCCCCAGGAAGCAGCCAGGGACCGGAGAAUUUAAAAGGAUCCAAAGGAGAACCUGGACAACCCGGUUCACCAGGUUUUUCAGGUGAGAAAGGCAUCGCUGGUCUCCCCGGUGACCCCGGGCCGGGGGGAUUGGAUGGACGUCCUGGGAGUCCCGGACCACCAGGUCCCAAGGGAGAUCCUGGUCUCUCAGGUGGGCCAGGUGGUCCUGGAGCUCCAGGACUAAAAGGCAGCAUGGGAGAGAUGGGUUUCCCAGGACCAUCUGGACAGAAGGGUCUAUCAGGUCAGCCGGGUAGGUCUGGAUCCCCGGGACAGCCGGGAGGACCUGGUUUCCCUGGAGCUAAAGGUGAACCAGGCUCUGCUGGAGUUGGACCCCCGGGACUAUCAGGACAGAAGGGGGAACCAGGUCAGUCAGGGUUCCCAGGAGGUUCAGGACUUAAAGGAACACCAGGAUCACCCGGUCUCCCAGGUGUUCCAGGAGGGCCAGGGCCCAAAGGUGACCCCGGGCUCCCAGGAUUCCAAGGUUCACCCGGUAGCCCCGGUCCUAAGGGUCUUGACGGUGGGUUCGGUAGCCCAGGUCUCCCCGGAGCUCCCGGUAGACCGGGAGAAUCCGGUCGACCAGGAGGACCAGGGUUCCCAGGAGACAAGGGCCAGGCAGGUCGGGACGGCAUCCCGGGACCGGCCGGAAUCAAAGGAGACCCAGGGCUUCCUGGUUAUGGUGGACCCGGCUCUCCUGGGCUUCCCGGGCUGCCAGGUUCGAAGGGAGACCCGGGUCUUCCCGGCCCACCUGGGGUCAACGGAUUCCCAGGAUCCAAAGGAGACCCCGGUUUCCCCGGAUCUCCUGGCCCUUCAGGCAACCCCGGUCCAGCCGGGCCUCCAGGACAGGCUCUGCAGGGCCCCAAAGGACUCCAAGGAUCCCCUGGGCCACCAGGGAGAGGAGGUCCCUCAGGUCCUCCAGGCUCCCCUGGCCCUCAGGGUCCCCGAGGGCCCGCAGGAAGCGGCGGCGUUAAGGGAGAGAAGGGCAUUGCCGGCGCUCCUGGACAGCCCGGCUUUGCUGGACAGAAGGGAGACAGCGGCGUUCCCGGGUUCCCAGGCCCCCCUGGUCAGCCUGGAGGUUCAGGUCAAAAAGGAGACAUCGGUCUUCCUGGCGUUCCUGGAUUCCCCGGACCGAAGGGCGACCUGGGAGCCCCGGGAGGAAACGGCCUUCCUGGAGACCCUGGAGGUGUCGGACUUCCUGGCCCUCCUGGUGAACCCGGCUUCGUUCGGGAUCCCGGUCAAUACAAGGGAGCCAGAGGAGCCCCCGGGGUUCAGGGCCCGCCUGGUGGUCGAGGACUUUCCGGCACCCCCGGCCGAGACGGACGUCCAGGUGAGCCUGGUGAAAUCGGGGCCCCGGGUCCAGAGGGUCCUCCCGGCUUCAGCGGCCCACCCGGCAGGAAGGGAGAUAACGGACCAGCUGGUCAGCCCGGUCAGCGUGGCUUCUCUGGUCCCCCCGGUUCAGACGGCCCUCCGGGUGUCCCCGGCCCUCCGGGAUCGGGUUCCGUCGCCCACGGCUUCCUGAUCACGCGCCACAGCCAGGGCCAGGAUGUGCCCUUCUGCCCCCAAGGGACCGGCCUCAUCUACGACGGCUACUCCCUGCUGUACGUGCAGGGCAACGAGAGGGCCCACGGGCAGGACCUCGGCACGGCCGGCAGCUGCUUGCGCCGGUUCAGCACCAUGCCCUUCAUGUUCUGCAACAUCAACAACGUCUGCAACUUCGCCUCCCGCAACGACUACUCCUACUGGCUGUCCACGCCUGAGCCCAUGCCCUCGUCCAUGGCCCCCAUCACCGGAGAGCGCAUCAAGCCUUUCAUCAGCAGGUGUGCAGUGUGUGAAGCUCCGGCCAUGGUGAUCGCGGUCCACAGUCAGACCAUCCAGAUCCCCAGCUGCCCUUCAAGUUGGGAAGCUCUGUGGAUCGGAUACUCCUUCAUGAUGCACACCAGCGCGGGCGCGGAGGGCUCCGGUCAGGCCCUGGCCUCCCCCGGCUCCUGCCUGGAGGAGUUCCGCAGCGCCCCGUUCAUCGAGUGCCACGGCCGAGGGACGUGCAACUACUACGGCAACUCCUACAGCUUCUGGCUGGCCACCGUGGAGCCGUCCGAGAUGUUCAGGAAGCCCCAGGCGGAGACUCUGAACACGAGUAACUUAGUGAUGCGGCAAUGCUACGAGCCCCUCUAG